GGACGUAACUAAAAUUUGGCGCCAAUCUCCCAACAAACCGGGAAGCAAGUGUUUUUUUCCUACGUUUCUACUAUUUUAUUUUUUAGUCAAUUUAUCUGUUUAUUUGCGAAAUUUUAAACAUAUUUUACCUAAUAUUGUCGUCCGCUUUAGAGUGUGUAUAAAAAUCCACGAAAAUGGUUCCAAAACCCGUGCAAAAGAUGUAUGUGUGUAAAAGAGGUGGGAGACAGGAGGAAGUUCACUUGGACAAAAUCACGUCCAGGAUCCAAAAAUUAUGUUAUGGACUCAACAUGGAUUUUGUAGAUCCUCUAUCCAUUACCCUAAAAGUUAUCAAUGGCCUGUACCCAGGAGUUACUACAGUGGAGCUGGAUACAUUAGCGGCUGAAACAGCAGCUAUGAUGACCAUUGAUCAUCCUGAUUAUGCUAUUUUGGCUGCUCGGAUUGCUGUGUCUAAUUUACAUAAGGAAACUAAGAAGCAUUUUAGUGAUGUAAUUACUGACCUGUACAAUAUGGUCAAUGAAAAAACCAAACGACGUACUCCAAUGAUCUCCGAAAAGCAUUACGAUAUAAUUAUGAAAAAUGCAGAACGCUUAAACUCCUGCAUCAUCUAUGAUAGAGAUUUCUCAUAUAAUUACUUCGGUUUCAAGACAUUGGAGAGAUCCUAUUUGUUAAAAAUCAAUGGAAAAAUUGUUGAAAGACCUCAACACAUGUUGAUGAGGGUUUCUGUAGGUAUUCAUGGAGAAGACAUUGACUCAGCCAUAGAAACGUACAAUUUGCUUUCUGAGAAGUAUUUUACUCAUGCUAGUCCGACUUUAUUCAAUGCCGCCACUCCGAGGCCUCAAUUGUCUUCGUGCUUCCUUUUGAUGAUGCCAGAUGACAGCAUUGAGGGCAUCUACAAGUGUCUUACCCAAUGCGCUUUUAUUUCUAAGAGUGCUGGAGGCAUCGGGGUCAAUGUGCAUAAUAUUAGAGCCAAAGGAACUUAUAUAGCCGGCACCAAUGGUAUGUCCAAUGGCCUCGUACCAAUGCUAAGAGUUUUCAACAGCACCGCAAAAUACGUGGACCAAGGCGGAAAUAAAAGACCAGGCGCAUUCGCCAUUUACCUGGAACCGUGGCACGCAGACGUUUUCGAGUUUUUAAAUCUAAAGAAAAAUACGGGUAAAGAAGAGCUAAGGGCAAGAGAUCUGUUUUAUGCCCUUUGGAUUCCCGAUUUAUUCAUGAGACGAGUUGAGAGCAACGGAGUGUGGUCUCUUAUGUGCCCACACCAAUCUCCCGGACUAUCCGAUUGUUAUGGCGAGGAAUUCGAGAAAUUGUAUGAAAAGUAUGAAAAUGAAGGGCUAUAUGUAAAGCAAGUACCAGCUCAAGAACUGUGGCGCGCCAUAAUAGCUUCCCAAGUCGAGACCGGUACCCCCUACAUGCUCUACAAAGACGCAUGCAAUAAAAAAUCGAACCAAAAGAACCUCGGAACGAUCAAAAGUAGCAACUUGUGCACGGAAAUCAUCGAAUACACCGCGCCGGACGAGGUAGCCGUGUGCAAUUUAGCGUCUAUCGCAGUGAAUAUGUUUGUUUCUGCGGACAGAAAGAAGUUUGACUUCCAGAAGUUGAAGGAGAUCACGAAAGUAGCCACGAAGAAUUUGGAUAAGAUUAUCGAUGUUAAUUUUUAUCCGGUUGAGGAGGCCAGGAAUUCGAAUAUGAGACACAGGCCUAUCGGUAUUGGAAUUCAGGGCUUAGCAGACGCAUUUAUCCUCCUCAGGAUGCCAUUUGACAGUGAGGACGCCGCUUUACUAAAUAAGCAAAUAUUUGAAACCCUCUAUUAUGGAGCUUUGGAAGCCAGCUGUGAAUUAGCAGAAAAAUUAGGAAAAUAUUCGACUUAUGAAGGAUCUCCCGUAAGCCAAGGUAUUCUACAAUAUGAUAUGUGGAACGUAACGCCAACGUCGUUAUGGGACUGGGAUGCCUUAAAAGCGAAAAUCGCCAAACAUGGCGUAAGGAAUUCUUUGCUAUUGGCUCCCAUGCCGACGGCUUCUACUGCACAAAUUUUAGGAAAUAAUGAAAGUAUCGAACCGUAUACUAGCAACAUUUAUACUAGGAGGGUUUUGUCGGGAGAAUUCCAAAUCGUAAACCAUCACUUAUUAAAAGACUUAACCGAACGAGGCCUUUGGGACGACGUCAUGAAAAACCAAAUUUUGGCCAAUCACGGCUCGAUCCGCAACAUUCCUGGGAUCCCGGACGAUCUUAAAGCGAUCUACAAAACGGUCUGGGAAAUUUCCCAAAAAGUCAUACUUAACAUGGCCGCCGACAGGGGCGCCUACAUCGACCAAAGUCAAAGUUUAAACAUACACAUGGAAAAACCGAACUACGGCGCCUUGUCCUCCAUGCACUUCUACGGAUGGAAAAAGGGAUUGAAGACGGGAAUGUACUAUUUAAGAACGAAACCCGCGGCCAAUCCGAUCCAGUUUACCGUGGAUAAGACGAAAUUAUUAGUGAAAAAUGCCACACCAAAGAAAUCCGUUCCUGCCACUAAUGGAUUGGAGAAGAACGGAAUUGGAAAUGGAGAUGCUUUAUUGGAUGUUUCCACAUUAGAGGAUGAAGGAAACGAGGCUAAUGGAAAGACUGAAAGUGAGGAGGAGGACCAGAACAUGGCCGCCUUGGUUUGCUCGCUAAGUAAUCCCGAGGGGUGUGAGAUGUGUGGAUCAUGAAUGGAAUUUAUUAUAGGUAGCUUAAAUUUAAUUAUAGUAAGUGGUUUUUUAUUUAGUUUUUAAGGAUUAUUACGCGAUUUAUGGGGAAUGCCAAAAUUGGUGAUGACUUAAAAAAAAAUCUGCUUAAUAACGUUAACGAUUUAAAAUAAUUUAAAUAAAAAUAUCUUAAAAUUAAAUACGUUAAGAAUAACAUUUUUUUUAUUCGAUGUUUUUGUUGAAUCUCAGUAAUUCUUUGUUAUGCUCGAGAACUGAAUGAUAUAAAUUUAUACAGGGCGAUUCACAUAGAUUUGUUGUUAAUAGUAAUAAUGAAUCUGCAUUUUUAAAGUUAAAUAUUUAAUAAUAUUAUAACAGAUAAUAUAAAUAUGAAAAUAUCUGUGGAUUAUAAUCUAAAAUGCCAAAUUUUAAAUUAACGACCCAUCUCUGUGAAUCAGCCUGUGAACACCUCCGUAAAUUAAAAAAUUCUCCAUUUUUAUAUUAGUUUCUUCGAAAUAUUUAUUUUUUUUUAACUUCCUAUUACUAUUAGCAAUUUACGUUUUUAUUUUUAACCAUAAAACUUUUUGUAUGUAAUUUUUUUUAUUAUUUGAAUAUUUUUAUUUUGUCCUUUUGUUCUUAUUUACUGUUUAAAUCAGCUUUUUUCAAAGAAAAGUGUAUUUUUUGAUCCAUUUUAUAGUAAAAGAAACUUUUAUCUGUAAGCCCGUUUGAUAACUCUAUAGGCAAUUCCCAAAUUGUAUUUUUGAUAAAUUUAUACCUUAGUAUUAUUAGGCCAAAUUAAUAUAGAUCCAGUA